AUGCCCAAUGGGGAUGAGCGUGACACUGUCAGGGCCCUCAAAGAUCUCAAGACACUGGGCUGCAGAAAGGCAAUGAAGAAGUUUGAAAGGCACACGCUCCUGGAAUACCUCCUCGGGGAGGGGAACCUGAGCCAGCCCGCCGUGAGGCUCCUGGGAGACGUGAUGUCCAAGGACGGCUUCUUCUAUCUCAGCUUCGCCGAGGCCCUAAGGGCCCACAGCUGCCUCAGCGACCGGCUCCGGUACAGCCGCAUCGUGGGCGGCUGGGACCUGCUGCCGCGCGCGCUGCUGAGCUCGCUGUCCGGGCCGGUGCUGCUGCACGCGCCCGUCGUGGCGAUAACGCAGGGGACACACGAUGUGCGCGUGCACAUCGCCAGCUCGCGCAGGGCCCGGAGUCUGAAGGCCAUGACCGCCGACGUGGUGCUGCUGACGGCGAGCGGGCCGGCGCUGCAGCGCAUUACCUUCUCGCCGCCGCUGUCGCGCAGGCGGCAGGAGGCGCUGCGCGCGCUGCACUACGUGCCGGCCACCAAGGUGUUCCUGAGCUUCCGCCGGCCCUUCUGGCACGACGAGCACAUCGAGGGCGGCCACUCGAGCACCGCCCGCCCGUCGCGCGUGAUAUUCUACCCGCCGCCGGGCGAGGGCGCGCUGCUGCUGGCCUCGUACACGUGGUCGGACGCGGCGGCCUCGUUCGCCGGCCUGAGCCCGGAAGACGCGAUGCGCGUGGCGCUCGACGACGUGGCGGCGCUGCACGGGCCCACUGUGUACCGGCUGUGGGACGGCAGCGGCAUCGUCAAGCGCUGGGCCGAGGACCCGCAUAGCCAGGGCGGCUUCGUGGUGCAGCCGCCGCUGCUCUGGCGUGAGGACAAGGAAGAGGGGCCGGACUACGACUGGGCGGUCCCCUACGGCCGCAUCUACUUCGCGGGUGAGCACACGGCCUACCCGCACGGCUGGGUGGAGACCGCUGUCAAGUCGGCGCUGCGUGCGGCGGUGUUGAUCAACAGCCGAGACGGGCACAUGCUGGUCGACAGCGACACCGAGGAUGGGGUUGUGCGCCUGGUGCCCAGCCGUCCCCGCUGCGAGUUCGAAAAGGCUGACGCCACCCACUCCCCGGCUGCACAAAGGAUAACCGCUCAGCACACCACCCACAAGAGCCCCGAGCAUUAA